AUGACCUACUGUCAGAAAGCCGUUUCCACUUCUCAACCACGCUGCACAGAAAAAGCAUUCAUUCCAUGGCCCGGAACACCACUCGAGCGCCUCUCUAGAGCACCUUCUCGAGGGCGAGAGGUUGACAACACAGAAGAACCGAAGCUCUCCGACAAGCAGGAAAAGGAGCUUCUCAAGAUUUGCGGGGAAUGGAUCGACUUUGGACACGAGCUUAAGUGUGAAGAGUUUGUGGCGGGUCUUGGAGAUGCAUUACUUGAGCGUGAUUCAGAGUAUGAAAGAGGUGGUGCCACUUUCAUGGAUCAUAUAUAUCCAAAAUGGUCGAAUCCUUUUUUUAGCAAAUUCCCUGUCCUAAAACGCAAGAUGACUGAUGCUCGGAAGGCCGCAAGGGUUGAGCAGGAUGACCUGGCCAAGCAAUGGUUAUCAAACCUAAAGUCUUUGAUCAAUAGAUAUGGUAUUCAAAAAGAAAAUAUGCAUAUCAUGAAAGAACUCAGUUUUCUAACAUUAAAAACCAGAAAGACAAAGGCAGUGACAGUCAUCCGGCCCAGCGAGCCUAACGACGAACGGCGCUUCGUGGCUUCAGCUAUAAAUUGUUUCUCAGCCGAUGGAACUCUGCCUGCCCCUUGGGCCAUCGUGAAAGGCGUAGCAGACUCGUCUUGUCAAAGCUCCGCUCAGCUAAAAGUCAUUUGCAAUGAAAAUGGCUUUAUAAACCGUUUCCACUUGAAGAGAUGGUUGACCGAUCAUUUUGAUCCUCAGACAAGAUCAUCUCUCAAAAGUUUUCAAUGGCGACUCAUGCUUGUUGAUGGCUAUCGAUACCCUGUGAAGGAAGACUUCUUUUUCUGGUGCAGAGAGCGCAAGAUUCUCUGUAUUACUUUGCCGAAAAAUAAGAGAGAGGAUUUGGACCCUUUCUAUUGGGGAGUGGGGAGUCGUCUUGAUCGAGAGUACAGGAAAUCUCUGAUCUUGCGCUGGAAACAACAUUUAGAAAGAGCCGAGCAUGAAGCGUAUUCCAAAAAGAGCAUUGGGAUUAUUCUCAAGCCUCGAGAAUUUGCGGAUAUACUCCGCAAAAUGACCGUUGAGGGGACAAGCAGAGAAAUUGGUGAGAGAAAGAACGAAGCGGCAAAUGCCUGGAGAAGUGCCCUUUUUGCAUCUCUGGGUGCUCAAAUACGCGAUCCUGAGGAUCCAGAGCCUUGGAACAAAGAGAAUAUGGAUGAACUCUUUGCUGCUAUAGACGAGAGGGAUCUUGGCUCCUGA